ACCGACAUUGGUCUAAACUCAGCAGCGAUCGUCGAUGCUCGAGACUUGUGGGAGCACGUAACUCUGGCAUCUGUUCGAGAUCAAAUCGCCGCUUGGGUGGAUCCUCAUGCGUGCAAAAUGUUCAUCCUCACACUGCAGUGUAGCAAGUGGUAUUAAUCAAAACAGGAAGCUCGGUGAAUCCAGACCAAGAAGAGAUUUGUUAGAUAAUGGGUUGGGUCGGACUCCGCAGAUGGGAUGGAACAAUUUUAAUCACUUCCCUGGCAAGCUUAAUGAGGAGCUCAUUCAUCAGACAGCCGAUGCAAUGGUUUCCACCGGGUUGGCAGCUCUGGGAUACGAGUACAUUAAUCUUGAUGACUGUUGGGCUGAACUGAACAGAGAUUCUCAGGGGAAUUUAGUUCCAAAUGCUACUAUCUUUCCCUCUGGUAUGAAGGCACUGGCCAACUACGUCCAUAGCAAGGGUCUCAAGAUUGGAAUAUAUGGAGAUGCCGGGACAUUGACAUGUGCAAAGACAAUGCCAGGGUCACUCGGCUAUGAGGAACAAGAUGCCAACACUUUUGCUUCAUGGGGGAUUGAUUACUUGAAGUAUGAUAACUGUCACAACAACGGGAUUAGCCCUCAAGAAAGAUACACAAAGAUGAGCAAAGCCCUUCUGGCCACUGGAAGGCCAAUCUUCUUUUCUCUGUGCGAAUGGGGCUAUGCCGAUCCUGCCACUUGGGCACCGAGCAUCGGAAAUAGUUGGAGAACUACUGGAGACAUAAAGGAUAACUGGGGAAGUAUGAUAUCGAAGGCUGAUCAAAAUGAUGCUUGGGCAUCAUAUGCUGGACCAGGCGGAUGGAACGAUCCCGACAUGCUUGAAGUAGGUAAUGGAAAUAUGACUACAGAAGAAUAUCGUUGUCACUUUAGCCUUUGGUCUUUAGCAAAGGCUCCACUUAUCUUAGGUUGCGAUAUUAGAUCCAUGGACAAUGACACGUUCGAGUUGGUCAGCAACAAGGAGGUCAUUGCUGUUAAUCAAGAUGAUCUUGGAAUUCAAGGCAAGAAGGUGAACAAAACUGGAGAUUUAGAGGUUUGGUCGGGUCCCCUGAGUGGCGACAGAGUGGCUGUGCUCCUCAUGAAUAGAGGGCCUUCUACCGCCACUGUGACUGCCGAAUGGAGUGACAUUGGUCUAAAUUCUUCUGUGAUCGUCGAUGCUCGUGACUUAUGGGAGCAUUCGACGACAACCUCAAUUCAACUUCAACUGGAUGCUACGCUUGAUUCUCAUACCUGUAAGAUGUACGUCCUGACGCCACAUUAACGGGCCCUUCAACUGGAACUACAAGUGUGCAACGACUCCUCUAGACAUCAGUCAAGACGAUGCAAUAAAAAAGAUAAGUGUUUUCACAUAUUGAGAAACAUUAACUUGUACCUCUAUCUGGACAGUAUCUAAUCUCUAUAUUUAUCUGAA